AUGGCUUCGUCGUGGGAGUCGCAACACUCGCUGCUAUCCGAAGAUUCGAUCGACGCUCGACCCCAGCGUUCUUGGAAUCCACUCAACAACCGCCGCACUGACUCGGAGUAUCGCUACCAUCCGCCCUCAGAAACCACAUGGUCUGAAGAAGUCCUGCACGAGAUUGGGCUAGGCAUCUCGUCCGCCGACGCCAUUCCAAUAGAACUUCCGGGAGACAAUCGCCAUUCAACCGAUAGCGCUGCGACUACAACUCCAUAUACCUACAAGAUCCCGCAAUUUUCCCAGACUCCGACUCCGCAGACUCCACAUGCCCACUCCCACGUGCGGUGCCCUAAUCGAGGAACGGUCCUCCAAAAACGGCUCUCCUGGGUCCCAUUGACAGUCUUGGUUCUCGCUGUCUAUGCCACCGUCUUUUCAGGUAUCUUUCUCGGCAUUGCGCUGCGUAAGCCCCGAUGGCGCAAUGUGUCCGGCGAUGGACCAGUGGCUCCAUCUACAGCAACCUUGUUGAGCUCGGCUUUUGCAAAGACGAUCGAAUUGUCUUAUGUUACGAUUUGCGUCGCUUUCCUAGGCCAGGUGCUUAGUCGGAGGGCUUUGAUGAGGGAUUCUCGAGGAAUCAGUAUCUCGGAUAUGAAUAUGAGGGCCUGGAUUAUGCAACCCGGAUCUAUGAUUGUGCAUUGGGAGGCGCUGCGAUAUUCGGCGCUCACUUUCCUUGGGGCGAUUGCACUGGUUUCGACGUUCGUGGCGAUGCUAUAUACCACCGCGGCGCAAGCUUUGGUUGCUCCAAAGCUCACUCUUGGUCCUAUCGAGCCAAGGUUACUCGAGGGCAAGGUAACCUCCAGCUUCGCGAACCCAAAAUACAUCGCAUCGGACUGCGCGACACCCGUGACCAACGAAAUGGACCCGGAGUAUCGCAACACAACCUGCAUUCAGAUUGAACAUGUCGGCCACGCAUAUCACAACUACCAGCAAUGGAUAACCCAAUGGAGCGAGGUAGUAAGCAGCCACAAUGAUACCUCAAACCAACUGCGAAAGCGCCCACAGCCGACAGGCUCACUAUGGGACAACACCACAAUAACAGGCAGCUGGAUUGAUAUCCAAGAUAUGUCCGCUCUGUCCAAGAAACACGGCCGAAUGGUCAACAACAUAACAAUGGCAAUGCCGCAUGGCGGCAUCCCCGCCGCAGCAAUGAACUCCAAAAACAAACUCAAACAACCCACAGACACCUCCGGUGAAGGCAAAUACAACAUCGAAGCCUCCGUCCCCUCGCCAGCCAUUAAUGUCCUCUGCACAGGAAUGACGAAAGACGAGCUCAAACCCCUAGUCUACUCCACCUGGCCCGGCGGUCACAAAUUCAACAUGACGACGUGGAGUACCUCACCCCCAGACGACAUCCCUCGAGCCCCAUCCUGGCUGAACCGCACAGUCGUCGACUCGCUCUUCCAAUUCGGCCCGAAAUACGGCCAAGUCCCACCCGUCUUCGGCAAAUACCCACUCCCAUACAACACGAUCCUCAACACAACAGGACCCUGGCCCGCAAACGCCAUCUACCUCCUCGGCGCGACGCCGCCAUCCAACGACAGCCACAUGCCCGAGUACGUGAUGUGCUCUAUGCGCGGGAAGCAAACCGGCGUGUGCUCGACCAAGUACUCCGCCGACACAAGCGGCGCCUUCCUCGGCACAAACUGCGAGAGCGCCUCCAACGACCUCCAAUACGACCGCCGCCAAGACGUGUUCUACGAGGGCGAGUGGAACCCAGACUGGAAGAACAUCGCAGCGGAGUGGGCGAGCGCGCUCAGUCUGAAUUCGGGUAUUUCAGACGGCGCGGCCAGCAACGCCAGACUGCUGAUGCAGAUGAUGCCACAAUAUAACAAGAAAGAAGGGACUUUCGCGCUGGACCCGACUCUGCCGUCUAUCGGCGAGGGGCUGGCGGUCAUGGCCGGGAGCACGCUUAUUCUCAGCUCGCAGAACGCGCCGUUCGUGCCGUUUUGGAAUUACAGCAUUGAGAAUAAUAAUGUGCUUCCCGAGCCUGUUUACCAGGUCUUUAAUGCUUCCAUCCAGGCGUUUGGGUAUGCUUCCGGUCCCACGGAGAAGUGGCAGGGGAUUUUCUACGUGAUUCUUGUGUUUGCGUUCCUGACCAGCGCCAUCUGUCUUGGGUUUAUGAUUUUCGAGGCGCGCGGGCGGCAGGUGACUGAUUUCACGGAGCCGCAGAAUCUGUUCGCGCUUGCGGUGAAUAGUCCGCAGACGACGCAGUUGAAGGGUGCUUGUGGGUGUGGGCCUUAUGGGGACCAGUUGAAGGAGAGGUGGUUUAUUGGGAUGGAGGAGGAUGAUGAGCAUUAUUAUAUUCGAAGUAAGGCGGAGGAGAAGAUUCCGUUCGUGCAUAAGUCGAUGGACUCGACGCAUUUGGAGCCGAUGGAGAUUGAUGAUGGGGGUGGGAGGAUGCUCAGCCCUAUGGUCAAUGAGUUUAGGAAGGUCUCGAAGCGCCAUUCGUUUUUGGCGAGGCUCUAUUGA